GCUGUCAAAAACCUGGUCAAAACGCCCCCCUAACUUCGGGCCCUGCAAGUGCAGUUUGUUGUUAGCAUUAGCAACACUUUAUUCUGUCAAAUUGGUGGCAAUAAUAACCAUGGAAGCUAAAUUAAAGAAAGAGCUGGGGACAGCCAUGCUGAAGUCAACGGGUCACUCGGGAGGUGGAUGUAUCAGUGAGGGCCAGAGUUAUGAUACUGACAAUGGGAGAGUGUUUGUGAAGAUCAAUCACAAGAAAGAGGCCAAAUUGAUGUUCGAUGGGGAGAUGGCCAGUUUGGAAGCCAUUUUAAAGACAGAAACUGUUAAAGUCCCCAAGCCUGUGAAGGUGAUUGAGCUUGACACAGGAGGAUGUGCAUUUGUGAUGGAACAUCUGGACAUGAGAGGUCUCACCAAGUACUCAAACCACCUAGGCGAGCAGCUGGCAAAUCUGCAUGUUCACAACAAGAGACAGUUGGACAAAUUAAAUAAAGAGCGGCAGACAGUGGGAAAAGGAGCUGGACAAAUGGAGGUUGCUGUGGUUGACACAUUUGGCUUCAGUUUACCUACAUGCUGUGGAUAUCUACCGCAGGAAAAUGAGUGGCAGGAUGACUGGGUGAUAUUUUACUCCCAGCAAAGGCUGCAGCACCAGCUUAACAUGGUGGAGAAAUCCUAUGGAGACAGACAGGCCAGUGAACUAUGGGCCAAGCUACAGCUGAAGAUCCCUCAGUUUUUCACAGAUGUGGAGAUUGUCCCUGCUCUCCUCCAUGGAGACUUAUGGGGAGGCAACGUAGCACAGUGUGCAGAAGGCCCAGUCAUCUUUGACCCAGCCUCCUUCUAUGGUCAUUCAGAAUAUGAGCUGGGUAUUGCCGGGAUGUUUGGUGGCUUUGACAGCUCUUUUUACUCUGCUUACCAUGAAAAGAUUCCUAAAGCUCCAGGUUUUGCAAAGAGAAACCAGCUUUACCAACUCUUCCACUAUCUGAAUCACUGGAACCACUUUGGUGGGGGAUACAGAGGCUCUGCAAUAAGUAUUAUGAAGGACCUUCUGAAAUAACUGCAUUAACAAUAACUUGUAGAAAACGUUAGUGUUAAACUCACACUGAAGUAUCUAAUGUAUUUUGACAGAUGCAAAUUUUAAGAGAACUUGUAGGGCUAAGUGUUGAGACAUACAUUAUAUUCAAACAAUGCAAUGUUUAUAUUGUGUAGACAACACAGAACCAACAACACAAAACAAUUCUGCUUUGCCUGCUACACCUUCCAAAAUAUGACAAACAGAAUUCACAUCUUCUAAUUAUUUUACAUUGUGUGUUUGAACAAGAAUAUACUGUAUACUUUAAAGUAUAAAGGCAGGCUACAAGUACCGGGUAUUUAAGCUCGUUUUUUAGUUAUAAUUAUAUAUGCUGAGAAGUUUCAAGUUGGUCCUAUGCUUCUUUAGUCUGCUGCUAUCGUAUGAUCAUAUUCCCAGAGUUUGCAAUGCUUUAUACUUUGUCAAGAUCAUUAUAGUCUGACUGUUGAUACAUGCAGACUGAAGCAUUCACUAGAAAAUCUGUAUUUUAAUAGACUCUUGCAAUAUUAUAUGUCCACUGGCUGCUAAACCAAUAAUUAAUCCUUGGAUGGACCAAAGGCUUAGCUCUGAGCUGCUGUAUUUGUUAUCCACCUGAUAAUGAAAGGUAUUCAAGUUGACUGUGACACUUUCUUCUUCCUCGUCAUAAAGAGCUCUUCUUACUGUCUGUUGGACCUGCGCCACCAGAAUCAAUAUCUCCUCUCCCAGGCUGUUUUUUUUACUGUUUUGUCUUGUUUCCUAGCAAAUGCGCUUAUUAACAUAAACCAACAUAAUCAAUAAAAUAUGGAGAAUAAAAUCUAAGAUAUCAACGCCUGAAACAUGUAGGCUAGUUUGCUCCUCAUUGAUUUAAAUAGCAAGAAAAAGUGGGAUGCAGACGGCAGUGAAAAAGAAAACUGACAAAUGACAUCCAACCAUCAGUGUAACCUGUUGGUAUGUAAGCAUCCCUCAGAAGGAUGAAAUCACAUUGACAAGGCCGGGGAAAGGAUGAUUUUGUUCAUAUAAUUAAGAAAACUGGGAUAAACCCUUUGGAGUCGACCGUCACACCGGCGUGAUCAGAUCACAUGACCUGUUCAAGCCGGUGCCGCAUAAAAACAACAGUCCGGACAACAUUGCCGUGUGUUUCUGUCGAAAGUACUGGCUUGAAACUAUAUCCCAGUCUUUGUUUCAUGCAAAAAGACCCAGUAAACACGGAGAUACGAUGAUAUAAAGUUAAU